AUGAAGAGGAAUCCUCGUAAGGUUAAGUGGACAAAAGCAUACAGGCAAUUGCAUGUCAAGGACAUGACCCAGGAUGCAACUUUUGAGUUUGAGAGGAAGAGGAACAGGCCUGAGCGCUAUGACCGCAAUUUGACGGAGCAAACUCUGAAGGCUAUCCCACUUAUUAUAAAGACUAGGCAUGACCGUCUGGAAAAGCACAUUUCAAACAGACAUAAACCUGGUAAACGCAAGGAGAUCCAAAAAGAUUCUAAGGAGGUGGCACAGGACAUCGGUAUGCUUCCGAAGAAGCUUAUUAGCAACGAGCUCGCAGCUGAGAAAACAAAGAUCAAGGUCAAAGUUGUUCAGCAGCAGACAGAAGAUUACGCUAUGGAAGAGUAG